GCCGGGCUGCGCAGUGAUUGGGACACCCCCAAAAGGAAAAAGAAGCUCAACAUGGACUUCAAAAAGGAGUGGUCCUCCCAAGAUUCGGUGUCUUCGGAGUCUGCAGAUUCAGGUGUUGGUCCAGACUCCCCCAUGGAGCCAGAUGUGGAGAUGUUGGAUGAAGAUCUGGAAUCGCUUCCCCUCCGAAGAAUCAAGUCCUUACCGGUGAGACUUCUGGGGGCCAGCCCUAUCCUCAGGAACAUUUCACACUGUAAACAGUGCAACGGUCCCGGCCAGAAGAACUUGGCUCCCCAAGGCAACAUGGAAAACGAAGGGGUUAUUUUUAAGAAACCCUCCCGACCUACAAGCAGAUUGUCUUCCUCUGGGGGGCAGGGGGAGAGGGGGCCCUUUGCCCAGAGACCAAAUUCUGCCCCACAGCUCAUGUGCUGCAGCCCUCAGAAGGAGAACGUGAAUCCUGAGGCCGAGAGUCCAAUCUACCUGCGCUGUUCAUCCUUGACGUCCUUCAUGAAUGAUGAGGAUGACGAUGGCUUUCUGGAAAUCCUAGAUGAAGAGGAGCUGAAGGGUGAUGCUGACGUCCCUUCAGGCAUGGAGAACCUGCUGACAGCCCCGCUGGUGAGAAGAGACGGUGAACCCAGCCUGAUGAUGGCGGGGGGCGCCAGGUCCCAGCGCCUCUUCCGGUCGCCGUCCAUGCCGAGCAGUGUCAUCCCGCCCAGCCUGAAGCGGUGGGACCGGGCCCUAGAGAAAGUCUCCCCCGUGAAGACCAAGCGGCGGAAGAGCCUGAACGGCAGCCCCAUUGUGGAAGAACCGAAGCCUCGGCUGGUCCGGUCCCGCUCUUGCUGUCCGAGCGAGAUUGCAAACAUCUUGGACAACGACCAACGGGAGCUAAUUGGCGACUUCUCAAAGGCUUACGUCCUCCAGACCGUGGAAGGAAAACACCAAGAUCUCAAGUACAUUUCUCCAGAAAUAAUGGUGGCAGUGCUGAAUGGCCAGUUCAACAACCUCAUUGAAAACUGUGUGAUCGUGGACUGUCGAUACCCGUAUGAAUAUGAAGGCGGUCACAUCAAGGGUGCUGUGAAUCUUCCUCUGGAGAAGGACGUGGAGGAGUUCCUGCUCAAGAAGCCCAUUGUGCCCUUUGAUUCCACCAAACGGGUGAUCGUGGUUUUCCACUGCGAGUUCUCGUCGGAAAGAGGGCCCCGGAUGUGCCGUUUUGUUCGGGAAAAAGACAGAGCUUGCAAUUGUUACCCUUCUCUCCACUACCCAGAGCUGUACAUUUUGAAAGGUGGCUAUAAAGAAUUUUUCCCCCAAUAUCAGAGUCACUGUGAGCCGCAGAACUACCGCCCGAUGCACCACAAGGAUUUUAAGGAAGACCUGCGCACCUUUCGUCUGAAGAGCCGCACGUGGGCCGGGGAGAAGAGCAAGCGGGAACUCUACAACCGUCUCCAGAACUGCUGAGAGGCGGAAGAGGCAUGGGGGGGGGAUAGUUUGGGUUGGGAGGGGGGCAGGAAGAUUUGAUGGGGCAGCUGCAGCCUGUAUCGAGGGCAGAGCGUUUCCUGCCCUGCACCUAUCUGGGACAGACCUCCGCAGUGCUGAAGAAAUACAAGAUCUCUCCCCUGCACUGCACUGCUCCCUUCUGGCGCACUUCAGCUUUUGGCAAAGGUCGAGGAGCAGGAUCCAGCCCCUUCUCUUUCAGCAGCACACCAGAAGCCAACAGAGCACCGCGAACAUCAGCCUGCGGUUUUGAUCAUGGCAACGCUGAGCAGGGCCCGUUCUUGAGUCCGAGAGACGCCUUCAACUGAGAACGUCUCCUGGCGGCUCUGCUGGAGGCUCCCAUCUCUCCGUGCCUCCCCCAGGCUGGAAAUACCUCCCCUCCUCGCCUUGGAUGUCUUUAAGGAAGAACAAGCGAGGCAGCUGCUGGGAAGGUCUUUCCUCGCAACACAAGGAGGAAGUGUGUUGUAGAUGCGGGGCGGCUGCCUCGGUGCUGCAUUGCGGUGGUGAGCAGCUGUGAGGGUGCCUCGUUGUGUGGCCUCCCAUCUCCCCAAUGGGGUGAGCUGGAAGAGUCGAAGCUGCCGGGAGCGCGCUCGCAAGGGUUACAACGUCCCUCUGGAGCUGUGUGUGCACUCUGCAGCCCUGCGCCAGCACAGAUUGCUUAAAUGGGAGGAGAUUCCACAAGAUCCCCCUGUGGUUACUUAGCAUUGGAGCAGGACUCUUUCAAUGGGGACAGGACAGUGGGGAGAGGGUCUGUUUUAACCUGCAUGCAGAAAGGGGAUGUCCUGGGAUCUCUGUAGGCAUUGGGCUGGGACCCCCACCCAACCACAACUGCAACAAAAAACAGUUUUAAAAAAGAAGAGGAAAAUGCUGAGGAAGCUGAGCCCAUCGGCUAGUUUGGUUUCCAUAAUUUUUGGAGCUGAACCAGGUUGAAAUGGACUCUCCGAGGAUGCAUUUUUAUUAUUUGUAUUUUUAUUUUGGCCUCCGAGACAAAGCUUGAUGCCGAAGACUGUCCGCCGUUUUAACGUGACCACUUUUAAGUUGAAAGCAAGGUUUCCUCCGCUGUUAAAGUCCAAGUUAAAAGUAAGAGCCAGUUUUGACUUAAAGCUUUCAAAGCCUUUUGCCGCUCAGUUGAAUUCGAACGGAUGAUCAAAACGUGAUGGGGAGACGGGCUUUUCCUCUCUUCCCAGCCCCCGCCACCCCCCAGAUCCACAGUUUACCACUUGGAGAGGUCUGUUGAGACCAAUCGCCAGAUUGUUCAGGUUUUAUUUCAGAUUCAGGGGGAGGAAUGGAGGAGCUUGAAACUAAAGCCCAAACCUAUCUACCUCUGUGUCAUAUUGGCCAGUGGCUUUAAAAAGGGAACAGCGAGGUUGGUGCGCAAGUUAUUUUCGGAGAGGAGCCUCUUGCCACGAGAGCAGAAGAGAGACCCGGUUCCCCUCGCUUCUCUUUCUGACAUCGCAAAAUGCUGGUUUCGUUUCUGCGUUCAUUUGCUCGCAGCCCUUCCCUGACAGUGGCCAAGGCUGCCUGGCUUCGGCUGGGAAAGGUGCAUGUGAGAAGAACACACACCUGCUGAGGAGGGGUCAGAACGGCUGGCAAACUGCUUUGUUGCCGGGUGAAAAACGAUGCUCAGCGUUUGGGUCGAGCGAGAGAGCUGUUUUUCCCCCUUCCUUCGCAUCUGGAGGGGCGCAGCUAGCGCCUUGCAGUCUCCCUGGCUCUGGGGUCUCAGCCUUUGGGCUGGGUUGGAUCCGCCAGGGUCGCUGAAGAGCGUGCUCCGCACGGUGCUCAGCCAGAAGUAGAGUCAAGCUGGUUUUACAGAAACGGCAGGGGAGCCAGCCACAUUAGCCAGGCCGCUUGCAAGCGUGCGCCACCCUUGGUGUCAGAAAACUUCCCCUCCUUCUGCUAAAGAGCGAGUCCCUGCAGAUCUGACCUUCUGACAGCCAACUGUCCGUGGUUUGCCAUUGCAGAGCUAGAACAAGUGGCCGUCAAGCUUCCGAAACGAUAAAACGAAAGUGGUUCGUUCCCCUUUGGUCUCACAGACCCAACGCAAGCCUCUUUUUCAGUUGCACACUCCCAGUUGGGAGCAACAGCACUUAAAACCUGAAUUUGCACAGAAAGGACUUGAUUCCCGUGGACUGUUGAACUUUUUAAAGCUUUGGGUUCUUGACUUCUGGUUUAAGGAACCCGAGUAGCUGUUUCCUUUUGCCCUGGGACCUGCAAGUGGGAAAAUCAGUUUAAGAACACAGCGAGAUGGUGAUUUGAGGCAGAGUGGGAAAGAGGAAGAGAAAUCCGGCAUUUCAUUUUGGGUUCGUGAGUCUGGAGUAUUUCAACGCACCCAUCCCUGCAUCGGUGCCUUUAGGUGAUGUGGAAUUAGGGUGUGGAGUUCCAGUAGAGUUAAAUCAUCAAAGUUUUUUGUAAUGACAGUGUUUUGUGUUAAAAAAAUCUCUCUGGAAGCAUGUUUUAACUUGGUGCUACCAUUAACGUAUAAUGAAGAAUGUGGUUUUUUUUCUUCUUAAGGAAGACUCAGUUUCCACAUUUACUAACAAAAACAAAACCACCAUCUUGUGCAAGGCUGAUUAUCAAUCCUCUGUCUUUUUUCAAUCCAGGUAUAGCGCGCCUGUGAAAAGUUUAAAAAGUGCCUUUUAAUUGUACAGCUUAUUUAUAGUAAGCUUGGAAUCAUGGGCAGAAAUGUUGAAGUUCUCUAGGGAAGAGAGAGCAAGAGAGAGAGAAAAAAAGCAAAGUAUUUUGUUUCAAACGUGAAGCUCAUUUGUGCUAAAGGAAGGGCAGGGAAUGAACCUAGGUGCGGGGGCAGAGAAGAUGGCCGGAAACUUUAAUCUUUGGAAUGGGAGGUGGGGUGUCCGUGAAGAGUAGAUGAGGAAUCUGGGGGUGGGCACGAUGCCCCAUUGAUGGAUAAUCCUGGGGUGGGAGCUGUGUAAGCCCAGAUUCCUAAUUAUUAGCAUGACACGAUAUCUGGUGAACUUGCAGUGUGAGAAAUUGAUCCUUGCUCUGUGUGCAGAUGAGUAUGGGUUCAUCUUCAGCCAUCCAGGGCCUUCCAGAUGGGCUCUGAGAAGACCUUCCAGAAUCCCCAGACACCUGGCCCACAUAUCUGGCAGGCAGCAGCUUGGGCAAAUGGAUCUAGACCCUGCACACACUCAAUUCUGGGGGUUCACAGGAAGGUUGUCAACUGCAAUUUGCGGUAGCGUUGUGGUUGUCAUCCCAGCUCUGGAAGAGGUUCCUGCUCUUCGCUUUGGAGCUGAUAGAACCCAGGGUUGCUGGGGAAAAUGCUGCUGGCUGAUCGCACGGCGCAUGAGCACAUGCCGCAUUACCAAGGAUCGGGCAUUAUUCCUUGCGCUGUGAAGGUUGCACUGAGCUGGCACAGUUCCUACCUGUGAGAAGGCAGUUGGGAUGAAGGAGAACACGGCUCAAACUGGGAAAAGCUGCGUGCCAGCCGUCCCUGGCCCAGUGCUGUCCACGUGCCCUGGACUUCAUUUCCCCACACUCCAGGGACACUGCAGGAAUUGGCCCCUGCAUCUGAACGGCACCCCAUUGAGGAUAGCGGCUUGAUUGUUUCAGCGUACGUGUGUCUGAAGCCAGGUAGGAUUGGGGCGGUUUGUAGAAAAAAUGCCAGAUGCUGAAUCCAAUUUGGCUUGAAACGUAUUAAACGUGCUUCUGGAGGGAGGGGGUUUGAGAGAUUGUACUGCCAGAUGUUGCUUGGGAUAAUUGCUAAAUGUACUUGCCCCCCCCAUGUGAAUUUCCUUGUAAAAAUGUCUCCUUGCUGUGUUUACGUGGCCUGAUGCAGUCGUAUGUAAUCAGAGUUGAAUAAAUUGCUAUGGUUAUGGAAAGGA